GCCUGUAGAACCAAGAUCCGCCUGCAGAUGGCGCUACCCCGCAGAGGGAGCACUUUCAACGCCGCUGAGCUGCUGAACCAGAGGAGCAGAGGAAUCAGGGAUGCUGGGACCCUGAGCCGACUCUGCUUGAAAAUCCUCCGAAGCGUCAUUCUUGAUGAAAACAGGGGCUUCGUUAAGGUGUGGAGCAAGACUUCAAAAUCAGCAAUAAUGUAUGAGAGUGGUAGAGUCUACUGUGAAAACUAUCAGAACUGCUACAGUUGUGUCCAUGACCAGCCUCAGGUUGUAUACAAAUUCCCAAAGAAGUCCAAGCAGCAGAAAAUUGAAGAUGCCCUGCUUUGUCAGAGCCCUCUGGACAAAACAUUAUCCUCUUCCUCUGAACAUAAGCCCUGCCUCUUAGCUCUGACAGCAGAUAACUGGCUCUGUCGCAUUUCAGCUGAAACAGGAAAGGAGCUGCAGAGACUUUAUCUCUCCCCUAAAUACAAGUUCAGAUAUCUUGCCUGGAAUAAUUUACAAGAAACAUUUUACGCUAAAUCUGUUCAUUACAAAGAAUCACCCUUUGCAAGACAGGCAGGUGUCUCACAGGACACAGUGAUGCACUUGGCCAUUUUUCAUGUUUUCCCCCUGCAAAUCUUGGGCAUUUUGGAGAUUAAUAAAAAGGGGUUUGGAAGUGGCAUCACUGAUGUGGUUCUGUCCCAGGGCGUCCUUGCUGUGUCAUACAGUAACAAGUCAGUGAGGCUGUACAGCCUUGAGCACAUUGUCCAGAGAUAUCUUAGUGAAGAGUUAACAUUGGGCCAGCAGAGUCCUCUGCUGGGACACAGAACCGUCGGAGACGCUCCGUUUGGAAUCCCAGUCAACAUCCAGGUCACGGAUCCGCCACCGCUUCUUUUUGAGGCUUCCUCUCACAAUGGUAUCCAGAUCGGCGGCUACCCUUGGCACUACAUAUACACCCCACCACAUAAAAAACACAGAGGGACUCACUUCAUCUCUUCACUCAAGGAUAGCACGCUGGCAACAAAUGGCAUCCAGAACAUGGACUGUUGCUCUCUUGAGAGUGACGUCAUCUUCUUCCAUCCGGGCGAUACAGGGAGAGUCCUCCACAUUGGACCUAGCACUAUAAAUGUGCUGAAAAUCAAAAGUGAACUAAACAGCCCUUUGCCGUCAGAGGUGGUGGAGGAUUUCUCUCUGACGACGCAUCGACGCAGCUCUUCCCCUCGAGUCACCGUCACAUCAUCAGGCCGUGCAGUGAAAUCCAGGUUUCAUCAGCUGGACGAUGACCCGAUGCAGGAGACGUUUCGGCUGCUGGAAUACGAGGAUGAGCUCGACCUUCUGGUCAUAGUGGUAACUAACGGUGAGGAUGAAGAAGGCAGAGCUCACGUCCGACUGCAUGACAACCAAACAGGGCGUUUACAGCGAACGAUUGAUCUGAUUGAACCUUGGGAUGAGACUUUUUCACAUGAGCUGCUCUUUGACAAAGACACAAUUGUUCACAUUGAGCAAAAAAGCAGCAACUUCUGCUGCCAUGUUUACAAACUCAGGAGCAUCAGAAAAUGACCACACAGAAAUCGUGACCUUCUUUCAAUGCUGUAAAGUUCUCCAAAUGUUCUCAAACUUGUGGUAUUUGUAUAUUUUGUCUGAUUAUCUGUUUUUUCAUUGUAUAUUUUUUAUAACUAUACCAACUAUUAAUGUAAAUAACUGUGAAUCUUUUAAAAGUUUUUUUUUCUAGCAUAAAAUAUACAAUUUCCAA